CUUCUCUACUCACCCUCAUCCUCACUAUACUCUCUCUCUCUCUCUAUAAAACUCCAUACUCAGAAACAACUCUGAGCAGAGUAGAGUAAAGGAGAGAGAAGAAACCCAGAAAGCUAGAGAGAGAGAAAGCGAGCUUCAACAAUGGCGGUGGUUUCAAGCUUCACAGCCACUAAAUGGCUCUUUCUCUUAGUGCUUCUUUUCACUACUGUCUUAGCUGAAGACGGCCCAAUACCAAAUGGAGACUUCGAGACGAUCCCAACAGGUGGGUUCCCAAGCGAGGCGGUUGUGGACGGGCCCACAACGAUCCCAAACUGGAGAUCAAACGGCACCGUUGAGAUGGUAGUGUCUGGGCAAAAACAGGGUGGGAUGAUCCUCAUCGUACCCCAAGGUAGACACGCAGUGAGGCUGGGAAACGACGCCGAGAUCAGGCAAGAUCUGAAGGUGGAGAAAGGGUCGAUCUACUCGGUCACGUUCAGUGCGGCUCGCACGUGCGCACAGCUGGAGUCACUCAACGUGUCCGUGCCACCCGCGUCGCAGACGAUAGAUCUCCAGACACUGUACAACGUGGAAGGGUGGGACCCAUACGCUGUGGCCUUCGAGGCUGACUCGGACGAGUUGACUCUGGUUUUUACCAACCAGGGCAUGGAGGAUGACCCCACUUGUGGGCCCAUUAUCGAUGAUAUUGCUAUCAAGAAGCUCUUCACACCUGAUCGCCCCAAAGACAAUGCAAUGGUCAAUGGAGAUUUCGAAGAAGGUCCUUGGAUGCCCAAAAACGUUUCACUUGGAGUACUUCUUCCCACCAACCUAGACGAAGAGAUAUCGUCACUACCCGGUUGGAAUGUGGAGUCAAACAGGGCUGUGAGGUACAUUGACUCCGAUCAUUACAGCGUCCCGCAAGGCAAGCGCGCCAUUGAGUUGCUCUCGGGCAAAGAAGGCAUAAUAUCCCAAAUGGUUGAGACUUCACCGAACAAGAUCUACAGCUUGAGCUUCGCUAUAGGCCAUGCGGGGGACAAGUGCAAGGAGCCUCUCGCUGUCAUGGCUUUCGCUGGGGACCAAGCGCAGAACAUCCAUUACAUGCGGGAAUCCAACUCCACCUUCCAAGUUGCUAAUCUCAACUUCACUGCCAAAGCCGAAAGGACGAGGAUCGCGUUCUACAGCGUGUAUUACAACACAAGGAGCGACGACAUGAGCUCGUUGUGCGGCCCUGUCUUGGAUGAUAUUAGGGUGUGGGCUUCUAGCUCUUAUAGGAAUGUGUUUGGAGGAUUGGGGUUGAGGCUUGUGGUUGCCAUUUGGGUGCUUGUUUAUGUUUUGUUUUAGGAGUUUAUAUAGAUAUAUAUAUAGUGUACUGCUGUUAGGUUUGGGGUGGGAUAUGGGAAUGUUGGUAAAACCACAUUCUUUACUUCUACGUUGUAAGGUAUAUUUUGCUUUCUAAUUUUUGCUAUGAGAAUGAGAUAUGAGUAGUAAGCAUGGCUUCUUUUUCAUUCA